AUGGAGUCAACCGAAGAAUGUGAGAUGGCGAAUCACGGCGAAAAAGAUGAUGUGGCCUGUGAGAAAUGGAAUCAACCGAAGAAUGUUCCUGAAUGUUUGUUGCUCCACCUCCAUAAUUUAGUGUGGGAAUGUUACAGAGGCCGACGGGAAGAGGAUAAAGAGGUGGCCAGAUACAUCUUCAGGAACGCAAGUCAUUUGAAAAGGGCAACUUUUAUCAGCCUGAUGGGAAGUGUUGGAGAGUUAGAAAAUAUGGUGAGGGCUUCGAGUUCAUGCCAGCUUGUGUUCAAAUGA